GCGAUUCCUGACUCCUAAAGUCGUGUGAUUGAUUGCGAGUGCAGACUUCACAUUGCUGCUUUUGUGCGUCGUGAAGUCAGAGUCAGAGAUUGGCGAGUACUUUUUGCAUGUCUUCGUCGGUUAAAGAAAUUCCCUUUUGUCUGAUAUACUGGAGUGGGAAGUUGAAGAGGAGAGAAAGGUAUAUUUGGACUUGUCAUCGGAGUACCGAACAGGAACCUGGAAGAAGUAAAGUUUAGCUAACUUUCGCAAAGAAUUGGCAUUGAUAGGAGAAGAAAGGGUAUGUGAGCUUUGGCGAGUUAAAAGUCUAGGUGUAUUUUGAGGAGCCAUAGAUCGCUGUGCAGGAGCUUGAACCUUUCAUCCAGUUUCUUUAGAACCAAUUGAUCUAAGAAAAACCGUCAAUCACUCCCAGCAGUUGCUUUCAAUGUGUAUAUAGAUUCAAGAACUGACCUGCUUUUGUGUACAGCUAGCUAGUAGACGUUAACUUGUUUAUGGAAAAUGAAGACUGCUUAUCCACGGCAAAUUCUCCUCUUACACAUUUACCAAAAGAAGACUACGACACAUACACUUUUACAAUUGUUUCUGUGGCUUGGGGUAACAACGAAGCAGGAUAGGAGCAUUGAUUGGUCCCCCAAUCUAUGCUUUGCUUGCAAUUUUUACCCAUCCCAAACUUGCAAGUAGGUUGCACACCUCAGCAAUUGUUAAAACUGGUGGUCAGUGACGUUUUCUGUAGCCUUAGCUAAGAAAUUUCUAGGUUUUGUGGUAGUCCCAGGGAUGAUUAGUUAGUCAAAGGAAAAGAUGAGGCGGCCCUGUUAAAGAGAACAUUCAUGAGUCCGUGAUAUGGAAGGUGCAAGGUAGCGAUUUGAAAAGUAGGAAAUUUUCUUCAGGAACCAAGUGGAGAUGAGAUUCUGGAAUUGGAACCCAUGAACCCCUACAACCGUCUUCUUCUUCAUCGGCUGGCUGAUAUAUUUGGGUUUGCCCAUGAAUCAGUGGGCGAAGGAGAUGAUCGGCAUUUGAUCUUGGAGCGUUGCCUUGAAACAUCAAUACCUUCUAUUCUUGUUAGUGAUAUUUUAUGGCAGUCUGAUGAACCUCAACCUCCGCCAUCAUCGUACCAGAUACUGAGGAGAAAAGAUGCUCCAACUGUGUUGAUAACAAAUGUCCCAUCUUCUCAAGAUACAUUCAAGGAGAGAGAAGCUGCUUAUCUUGCUGCUCGUGAGCGAAUUUUUGCCUUUGAUUCACAAGAGAUGAGAGAACCUGUGACACAGCGACCACGAAAUGUUCCUGUAGUGGCCCGUCGUAUGAUUGCACAUGCCCUUGGCCAAAAAAUAGGUGCUAAUGACCAAGAUGCUAGUGUCAAGAAUAGCGAGGGGUAUGAAGUAGGCACUAACGGAUUCAUUGUGCCAGAAAAUGAUAAUUAUACUCAGGAACCUGACCAGAAUAUGUCUGAGAAGGCAAAGGGUGAGAACCAUGACGUCUGUGCAACUCUAACUGGGAGGAAGGUGCCUAAAGGAUCUGUACAGAAAUAUGCAAAUGUCCCCUCAUCUCGGAGUGGGAGAGGGGAAAAUGUUGCCAACAAGGAGUACUUGAAGAAAGAGCAUAUAGGAGCUGCAAAGAGGAUGUUUGCUCAAGCACUGGGAAGAAGCUCGGUGAGAGAUGGGUUACAUUCAAAAGGCGCUGAGUCAAAUCAAUCCAGUAGUACUUAGCAGUCACCAAGUACUUCAUUGCUGGAUCCAAUCAGUUGUCCCUGUUUAUGCUGUAUCCUUCAGCCGCAUGGGAGCUCUCUGAGUUUCAGUUUGGCCCAAUAACUGGUUUAUGAGUAUACUCUGGUAAUAGCCAACAUACUUGUGGGGGAAGCACGGGACAUGACAAUUGCACAGAUGGGCUCCUCACUAUUUGGGUACUCUCUGCCACAGCUUGGCUGGUGAUGAAAUGUUAUAUCAUGAGGAGGGAUAUGGUAACAUUUGAAUGGUUAAUGGGUUUUGACUCAAGGAAUGAGGAGAUGACGCUGGAUGAAAUCUGGUGCUUCAACAUUUGCUAAUCUGGAAUCAGAUGGACUUUGGACCACUCCAAGUAUGGACGAGUAGUCUAAUAUGAUAUUUAUAAGUUCAUGCAUUUAAUUAUCUGUUGGUUAUCAUUGAUUUUAUGUACUAAACCUGAUCUGGAUGGUGACGAUUUAUGAAUAUUUUGGUUCUCUUUUGCAAAGUCCAUGAGUAUCAUGAUUGGACGAUUUUGAGA